UGUUAUUCUCUCAUUAUUCGGAUUCCGCCAUUUUUUUGUGAUUUUAAGCUUAUUGAUUAAGAACUUUUUCAACAUGGUUUUUAACUGUUGCGUUAAUGGCUGUAACAAUUAUAACAAGGAUGCCCAAAUGCAUAUUUUUCCAAAAGAUCAAAUACUGUAUGAUAUUUGGAUUAAUGCAAUUGGCCGAGAAGACUUAAAGGUGAAGCCUAUGGAAAGAGUCCGAAAGUCGUACCGUAUUUGUACUAUUCACUUUAGUGCAGAAGCCCGCUAUGUUGGAACCAGAAAUAAAUCGACCUUAAAACAGGAUGCAAUUCCUUCUCUAUUUCUUAAUGCUUCUAACAGGAAAGAAGUUUCUUCUGCCAAAAUGGUUAAACUACGCUCAAAGCAUAGUUUAUCAGAGCAAAUAGGUUCACCUGAAGUAGAAACAGUUAACAUCUCCAUACCAUCAACUUCAAAAUUGAUUUGUGAAGAAGUUUUACCAGUUUCUUCAUCUAAACUUAUUACACCAGAACAAAAUAUGCAAUCCCAGGUCAUGAUGUGUACUCCAACAAAAAUUUCAAGUUUAAACAAAUCCACAAGAUUGCUUUCUAGCAUCAGUGUAAGAAAAGCUUCAGAACUAACACCAAAAGCAAAAAAGCUCUAUAGGGUAGCUUCCAGUCUUCGAAAAAUUUCAAAGAAAUCUAACUUUAAGUACCUAUCUAGUUAUAUACUUAGUGUUAAUAAAAAUAUAUUGUAG